GGAAAGCGCGCUCGGAAGGCCGAGUGGAGCUCGCUGCUGCCGCUGCGUAAGUAGAUGAUAACGACCGGCCUCGCGGCCCUCAGUAUCUUUGAGUAGAAUUUCAUUUGCGUAGCAGUAAAGAGACAAGAUGGAGAUCAACAUCAACGCGUAUUGAGCUGCCUUGCGAUCUUGCAGGUCGCUCGUCCUUGUUUUUUCGUUGCAGAAAAGCCAGAAAGAAACUAAGUCGGAGGUUCCGCUCCCACCGCGACUCGGAGGCUGGUGAAUUUAGAUCCGGUGUAAAUACAUUUCUCUACAACUUCCCGCGUCCACCUCUUGAAGCACAAGCUCCACGACAGAACUCCUCCAUCCUUGUUGUCGAAAAGUAGAGUUGCAUAACGGCGCGGAACAAACAAUAGCGAAUAGGUCGGGAACAACAGGGGGAAGAAAAAGAGAGGGCCACCAGUAGUACGAAGAUGCCGACGGCCGAGAACCUCGCGACUUCGAGCACGAUGGCGGGCACGACCCAAGCCGCGUCCUCCUCCACCGCGGGACGGGUAAAUCCGAACAGCGCUCCGGUCAAGUCCCCGUGGCUGGACGCCAUGAACGAUCCGGUUGCCGGGAUGAAGUGCUACUCCAGCUUCAUGACGCUGUGCGACCUGCACGCCGACGGGAACCAUCGGUUGAUUUUGAUCGACCUGCAGAAGCGGAUACGGAUCUACAAGGGGUUGACGAUCCAGUGGGAGCAAAAACUGAUGGACGUUCCGGUCGGGCUGGCCUGCUUCCACCACGACACCGCGUCCAGCAAGGAAGCCAGCAAGUCCGGGGCGCAAAUCCCCACCUUGGCCGUGGCAAGCGGGCACCAGAUCUUUGUGUACCGCUACCUGCGGCCGCACCUCAAAUACAGCCUCCCGAAGAUGGAGAUACACGCUCAGGAAAUCGCCGUGUGGAGCAGCAUUCGCCCGGAGGCGCAAAACGUGCAGAAUGCCGUCGAUUCGCUGAACCAGCUGCGGGACCAAGGGGUAUACUUAAAGUAAUGAAAAUGUAAAUUUUUAUGAUAUGAUAAAGGAAAAGCAAAAGCAGAAGCCCACCUCAGUUGCAUGUUCGUGAUGUUCCUGAGUUGAUAUUUCAUUUCGUGGUUAUGCUAAACUGCUAAACUCUAUUUCUACAACAAGAGUUGUAGACUGUGACCAGCAUGACGACCGUCAGGUCUCCUUAACCAACCGGUCCAUGGACCUUCUGGCCAUGGAGGACCAGCCCGAUUCCGAGAAGGUGGACUACGUGAAACUUGCCCGGGAGCAUCCCUUUAUUCAAAAUACGGCCAUCACGUGCAUGGAAACCUUGAAAGUCAACAUCGAGGAGGAAAACGGUGUUUCCAUGGUGGUUUUCGGUGCCGAAAACCGGUGCGUCUACAUUCUCGAUUCGAACGCCUUGGAUGUGGUAGUGAAGGUGGAACUAGACUCUGUCCCGGUCUUCCUCGUCUGCAGCGGGCUCUACGAUGUCGAAUAUCGUAUUUUUUUCUUUGCUUCGCGGAACGACAAGAAAUUUGAAGUACUUUGCGACGUUAUGCCGAUACAUCACGACUAUCCUGUUGUGCUAUGGGUUCUUGUGCCUUUUUGCUAGAAGUCUGUCAGAAAGAGGUGGCGACAGGUUGACGCUUUCCCAAGUAAGUACUUACUCCUCUACAAUCCAGGUAUUAUUUGCGCGUGCCGUGACGGGAAGAUCUACACGAUCAAAAACGGCGCCCUGCUGUCCAUGGUGAUCGAGCUGGAAACGUUGCCGGUCGGGUUGGUGAAGAUCGAAAAGAUGAUCAAUGUGGGAACGAUGGACAACGUCGUGCACUGCUUUCAUUUCAAGGGCAAGAAGCAGUACUCGGUGUACCUUGACGCCCCGAUUCAGUGUAUGCAGUUGAUGCAGUCGCCGAAAACCAAGGUGAAAGCAAUGCUGGUGGCCCUGCAAAACGGCGAGGUGCGACUGUACAACGGGAAGUUUCUAGUUCACACACUGUUCCUGGCAGAACCGGUGAUCGGGAUGUGCUUCGGCAUGUUUGGCAGGGAAGACGGAACGCUCUGUACUUUAUACUUUUGAAAAGUUUUGGAAAUUCGUACUUUUCGAUGAUUUUGCUUUGGCGGAUGCUGCAUAGUUUACUUAGUUAGUUUUUCCAUGGUGCGUCGUGGUUUUCCUUGUCAAGCUGUUGAAAGAGUUUGUUUCAUGGUAAAGAAAAAAUCGCAUAAUUCGUAAUGUUUCUUCAUACUGAUUCCAAAUCAACAACAAAUCGGCAGGCAUGUCCUUGAAAUCUGGCGGUCUGGUGGUGAAGAUGCUUUCCCGCACAGCAAAUCUGGAGCGGUCCCUCGAGCCGCCCGGGCCUCCGCACGAGCAGGACAUUCCGCUCGACAUUCCGAAGAAAACGAAGCUGUACGUAGACCAAACCGCGCGGGAACGCGAUCAGCCCGUGGAGAUGCACCGGAUUUUCCAACGAGACCUGUGCAAGCUCCGACUCAAUACCGCCCGAGCCUACGUAAAACUGCUGGGCACGACGUCCAGUGGCGCAGUGGUGAAAACGGCGAACCAGGGCUUGGCGCAACUCCGGCUAAACGCAGGGGUAGUACUUGAUAAAAUGCAUAAUACUACACAGGGUUCACGAUGAUCUAGUUCUAGUACGUUACGUCUGCAUGAUGAUCCCUAACACUACACUUUCGCGCCGUGUUCCGCCUUGACCGACGAACUAUUCACCCAGGUAAAAGGCAUGGGACCUGAGUUCGAGAUCGAGCUUUCCCUCACCAAUGCGGCAGAGAAGCAGAUCCGCGACUUGUUCGUCCAGGUGGACGCGAAUGGGGCCGUUUACGCGGUACAGAAACCGCUCACCUUCGUGCCGCUGUUGCUACCGGGAUACCAGCUGGUAAUACCCGUGAAAGUGGACUGCGUCGACUACCUCGCGCCGGCCGACCACAUCCGGGUCAGCGUUUUGUGCCGCGACACAGUGCGGCCGCUGGUCGCCGCGGUGGUGCAAAUGCCGGUUUCCGCACAGAGCAUGAUUGAGGACUGAUAUUUUGCUCGGGCCGAUGUAGUUGUGGUGGCUCCUUAGUGUCGUGUGGUGAGCCGUUCGCUGUCAAAAAAGCCGUACAAGAAUAAAGUCGCUCCUGAUGAUCUUGUUCUUGGAGUGCAACUUGCAAAAAGUAAAUAAUCUUCAGAAGAUCGGUGGUAGAAAAAGUAACUGGACGCUGUCUGUGCCACCACCAGGAGUUUGGC